CCGCCGCCUCGGCUUUUAUACCGCACCAUCUCCGGGCUCUGUCCAGCGACUCAAUUCUCACCCACAGUCGCAAUACGCCAAGCUUGAGAGCCUCGAACUUCGAGUUCUAGUCUCGUCUACCCGGACGUACUUCCCCCUCCGCUUCUCUUUUGGAAACCAAAAUGGCCCACCGCGACGAUCAUCGAGGCAUAGAAGACUCGCUUGCGGAUCUCGAGUUACUCGAUAUGCUCACCGCGCCGGCAUUCCCGAAUGCGCAUGAGCUCAAGGGUGCCUACAAGCGCAGAGACGCCGACCUCGACCCCUUGCUUCUCGCCGCCGCCGCAUCCUAUGCCCAUGUCACUCGCAAUCACUAUGCCCAUGAUUUCUUUCCUGCUAUCGGAGACCCGCGUGCGGAGGGCGCGUACGAUUGGACUAAGUGGCAGCCCGGGGCCGCGCGACAGGAGCGCAAGCCUCGUCUCAAGUAUGAGAGCAGGCAGGCACCUCGCUCGCAGAGGCUGAAGCAGCUGGGGCUGGAAGGGAAGGAAAACGACUCGGUGAGGACCGCUUCUACGCCCUUACGUGCCGCGGACAACCUCCCAUUGCCCACGCCGAAAAUUGCUCCUCGCGAACCCUCUUCCUCCUCCGCUUCGGCGAGCACGCAAGUCCCCCCGAAUCCCGAGCUCGAGGUUCAGUGUAUGGCUCGAACUCGCGUCCCCACUCCGCACGGACCCGUGUUUCUACACUUAUAUCAUAACAACCGCGACAAGAAGGAGCACCUCGCCAUCGUUGUCGACCCCGCGCAGCUGCAGGAAGAUUAUCCCUCCCUGGCGCCCUCCAUCCGUAGCCGCACAUUAGACGCUAUCUGGUCCGACUCGGAGACGGAGAUGGAUCGUAUCACUCGCGGCGCGUAUGUCGGACGUCUGUCAAAAGACUGGCAGAAACCUUCUCAUCCCGGUGUAGGGCGUGCGGUUACGCCCAGCCUGGACACGAUACCCUCGCCGCUCAUUCGAAUUCACUCUGAAUGCUUCACUGGCGAAACCAUCGGUAGCAUGCGCUGCGACUGCGGUGAACAGCUCGACGAGGCGAUCCGCCAAAUCGCCCUGCCUAUCACUGUUCCCGACCCCUCCGACCCCGCACGCACCGUGACCAUCCCGGGCCGCGGAGCCGUCAUCUACAUGCGUCAGGAAGGCCGCGGCAUCGGCCUGCUGUCCAAGAUUCGUGCGUACAAUCUCCAGGACCUCGGGCACGACACGGUCACCGCGAACCUCUUGCUCGGCCAUCAGGCGGACGAGAGAGGUUACGAGAUAGCGGCCGCCAUCCUCCGCGACCUGGGCUUGGGCGCGGACGGCUUGGAAGGCGUCCGGCUACUAACAAACAACCCCGACAAGAUGCAUGCGCUGGAGGAGGAGGGGAUCAGGAUUGUUGAGCGUGUGCCGAUGGUGCCGCGGUCGUGGCAGCGCCGGCAACACCAUAAGCUCGGGCAUGACCUCGCGGAUGCCCACGGCUAUGGGGAGGACGAGAGGGUUAAGGGCGCGACGAUGAUAGGGGGAGGGGAGGUGUACGGGGAGGAUCUGGACAAGUAUUUGCGGACGAAAGUGCUACGCAUGGGCCAUAUGCUGCCUUUACUCUCGGACACUUCAGACUCUUGAGCUUGGUGGGGUGUAAAUUAUAUGUCGUGUAACAGAAUGUAGAAGACAGAUGUAGUGUUAUUGAUU